AUGGACUCUCCGAUGACGAGUAGCGGUGGAAUUUCUCCUGAAGCUAUCGAGACUGUCAAGCUGGAGGCCAGAAAAGAAGGCAUCUUUGCAGGACUUACUUCCGGGUUAGCUUCAGGCGAGAAUCUUUGUCAAUCUAGUUAUGAAUUGAGCGGUGUUCUUUCUGGGGUUUUGUUCACCCAGGCUUUCCGAGAUACUGCAAUGGCCAAGUUACGUGCUGAAGAAGCACGGUUGCGGUCACAACCUAAAAUAGGGUCGGAAAUGCAGACUGAGAAUCCUUCAGAUCCUUCAGUGUAG